UCUGUUACGAUAAAACAUCUGUUUUGAAGUUUUUCAAUUUUGCGCUGCACUUCUUCCGUUUAAUAUUUUCAUCACAAAACGAAAACAAUUUUGAAAUCAUCUACAACAUUCCUUUAUAAAAUGGAGUCUUCUAUUAAUAAAGAAUUUAAUAAUUUAAAUUUAAACAAUUCCAAAGAACUAAUGGACUCUACAGCUGUACCUUUUAUCAACCAAAACUUGAAACAAAUAUCAAACCAAACACCACUAGAAGAUUACGACCAUAAUAUGGUGGCUGAAACGGAUUAUGAAUACAUUGAUGAUGAUGAAUUUGUAAAAUAUGGCUAUUGGUAUACAUUUGCCCAGGCUCGCAAUACAGUAUGGAAACUUUUGUUUAACGAAAAAACCUUAACAGCAGAAAACUGUAAUAAAGCAUCCCAACUUUUAGAAGACUACAGAUGUGAUGCAUUAAUGAUAGCGCCUAGAGACUAUAAUCUUUGGAUACCCACAGUAAAAGAUGAACUUUUGAAAAGAAAAUAUUUUGAUUUUUGGCAAAAUGUUAUAGUAGAAAAACAAUUGGGAUUAUGUUGCGGAACAGAUGCAAAAUUUGCUGAUGAUAUGUUGGAUGGUAAGGAUCCUGAAGAAUUUUAUAAAGUGAUGGAGGAAUUUAUCGAACAACAGUAGAGUUUAUA